AAAAAUGGAGUAACAGUUUAACUUUUUUUUUUUUAAUGGGUUUCACUCUGUUUGGAUCUGCCUGCGAUGAGUGAAGAGGAGCUGAGAAGCUCCCCCGCUGCUUUUAGAGAGUGAGGAGGAUUAGGCUGGAGCUCAGUGGAGGCACGACGGCACUCUCACACGGCAACCAGAGCUGGAGCCAUGAGCAGGGCGCUUACGGAGCACAUCAGCAGUAGCUUCCGAGAAGAUGCUCCUCGUCCUCCGGUACCGGGGGAGGAGGGAGAGGCGUCAUGCUACAACCCCAGCAGAUCUACCAAAAUGAGAGCCCAGAGCAAGGUUAAAGAUACCCCCGCCGCCGCCGCGCCUCCCGGCUCCACACCGCGGAGGAACGAGGAUGGACUCGGGGAGCCAGAGGGCAGCGCGUCCCCGGACUCGCCUCUAGUCCGGUGGACAAAGUCUCUGCAUUUUCUCCUGGGCGACCAAGACGGCGCUCACCUUUUCAAGACCUUUCUGGAGCGGGAGAAUUGCGUGGACACUUUGGACUUUUGGUUCGCCUGCAACGGUUUCAGGCAAAUGGACUUAAAGGAUACCAAAACGCUGCGAGUUGCCAAAGUUAUUUUCAAGCGGUACAUCGAGAACAACAGCAUUGUCGCCAAGCAACUGAAACCGGCCACCAAGGCCUUCAUAAGGGAUAGUAUUAAGAAACAACAAAUAGACUCGUCCAUGUUUGACCAGGCACAGACGGAAAUUCAGUCCAACAUGGAAGAGAAUGCAUACCAGAUGUUUUUGACCUCUGACAUAUACCUCGAAUACGUGCGCACCGGCUGCGAGAACGCGGCGUACAUGAACCACGGCGGUCUGGGCAGUCUCAAGCUGAUGUGCGGAUACCUUCCUCCUCUCAUGGAGGAAGAGGAAUGGAGUUGUAACGACCUGAAGGCAAAAACGUUAGGGUCUGUGGUCGGACUGUCUGCCAAAAACCUGAGGGCUACUGCUACCAUCCGGACAGCAGCUGAAGUGCUGGAGAACAGUUGCAGGUCCCACCGUCGAGGAGACCCUGCCAGCCCAUACUUUGUCAACUCUGGCUACAUUUUUGCCCCUGCCACCAGUGCCAAUGACAGCGAGAUCUCCAGCGAUGCCACGACAGAUGACUCCAUGUCGAUGACAGACAGCAGUGUAGAUGGAGUCCCUCCUUACAAGCUGGGUACCAAGAAGCAGCUUCAGCGAGAGAUGCACCGCAGCGUGAAGAUCAAUGGCCAGGUUACGCUACCCCACUUUCCUAGGACGCACCGGUUGCCCAAGGAGAUGACCCCUGUCGAGCCCUCAGCCUUUGCUGCCCAACUCAUCGCCCGGCUGGAGAAGCUGAAGCGGGAGCAGGAGACAAUGAGCUCACUGGAGGAGAGGCUGCAGCAGAUCCAGGAGGAGGAGGAAAGGGAGGAGGGCAACGACCUUAUCAGCAGCACCUCCCUCCAACACCCCCUGCUCCCAUCUGCCAGCCAGUGCGAGGAAGAUCCUCAGGCUAUCCUAGAUGAGCACCUUUCACGUGUCCUCAAGACACCUGGCUGCCAGUCACCAGGAGUUGUCCGCCACUCGCCACGCUCGCGGUCCCCAGACCGAACGGGUGCGAUGGUGUCAUCUGGCCAUGGGCCCUUCUUUGGUGCUUACCCUGGGGCUUCCAAGGUGCUAACGACAGGCAGGCAGUCUACAAAGCACAUCCACCACCACUACAUUCACCAUCACCACGCUGGGCCAAAGACCAAGGAGCAAAUCGAGGCCGAGGCGGCUCAGCGUGUGCAGUGCCUCUGCCCUCAAGGGGGCGCCAAUUACUCCGACUUCACACCUGCUCGCUGCAGCACUUUGUCCAAACGGCCGGUGAAGGCCUCCGACGAGGGCGUGUCUUCGCCACGCCUUCCCCUAGUUGCCACCGACCGCUCUCAGAAUGUUUGGCAGUGGAUCCUAGAGAGUGAGAGGCAGGGCAAGCACAAGCCCCACAGCACUCAAGGCCUAAAGAAGUCCAACCCGCUUGACUCCAAGACCCUGUCUGGUCGAACCGCCUCCUCGUCUUGGGGUGGAGGCGGCAUCGGCAAUGGGGCUCACCUCCGCGGCCAUCACCCGGGCCACCCUUUCAUUCAGGACCCAGCCAUGCCACCCCUACCCCCUCCCAACACCCUGGCACAGCUAGAAGAGGCCUGCCGCAGACUAGAAGAGGUUUCCAAGCCACCAAAACAAAGACAUUCAACUGGAGCCAGCAGCCUUCAGAGAGACAGGAGCCACCCGGCAGCUGCCUUUCCCACAGGAAGCAACUCUCUAGCCAGCCCUGGAAUCCAAGCAGACGAGUCUAAGGAGCUGGUGGUCACCUACUUUUUCUGUGGUGAGGAAAUUCCUUAUCGCAGCAUGAUGAAGACGCACUGCCUCACCCUGGGCCACUUCAAGGAACAGCUUAGCAAGAAAGGCAACUACCGAUACUACUUCAAGAAGGCGAGUGAUGAGUUUGAGUGCGGUGCGGUGUUCGAGGAGGUGUGGGAGGAUGCCACUGUGUUGCCCAUGUAUGAGGGCAAAGUCCUGGGCAAGGUGGAGAGGAUGGACUAAAGGCCACUUUGUGCCAGCCAACUAAUGCCCUUCAUGCCCCCCCGCCCAACCAAAAGCUAAAUCACUUGAGCAAGAGACUAAUUUACAAAAAAAACCCUCUGGACUCCUUUUUUUUUUUUGUUUUUAUUUCUUAAUAUUAAGCUAAACAGAGUUAAUAUAUCCAGCACAAGAGGAGCGAUUGAAGGAAGACGAGCCAAUGAAGUAUGCCGAACACAGAGGAGGUGCCGCCCCUCCCUGACUUUCUCAACCAAUCAGCCUUAGAAACACAAGGGAAUGAGAGAUGAGACUUUUGAAAGACCAAUACAGGGGUGGUGAUGAUGACGAAUGGAGGCCAGUGGGGGUGGGGGGGAGGGGGGGGACCCGGCCUCUUCUUGAAUAUAACCACUGAAGAUGUAGACGACUGUUGUCUCGUGAUGUGUGACAGACUGAUGGACUUGCAGGCGCCGAAGAUGCAGCGCCACCAACCUGCUCUUAACAUUACACUCCAACAUCGUUACAAAAACGUCCAUACGUGUGCAUAUACAUACAUGCAUAUAUGUAUAUAUACAUGUAUUAUAUAUAUAGAUGCUUUUUGUCAUGAGUUGAAAUUUUUUAUUAAGUAUUUAUUGAAAAAUGACCUUCCCCCCGUUGUCCCUUUCCCCUUCAGUCGCGUUGAGCCCGUGUCCCUCGCCCUCCCCUUUUACAGCCAAUGGGUAAGCUGCUUUGAAUGUUGGGAGAAUACUGUGGUGAUAUAGUUUUAGUGUUUUAUGUUACACAGAGGACGUGACACUAGCCUAGCACUUCCCAUAGCCUUGUAGCCACGUCUGACCCAAACUAACAACCUUAGAGGCGGUCUUGUCCGAGGCGCCCUCCCUCCACUCUAAUGGUCAAUCCCAGUCUUAUAUGCUGCUGAUAGUUUAUAAGUAAGUUUGUCACACUAGCAUUUCCUCUGCCUCGUUCUCUCUGCUUCCCUCCUUCCUCCCUCCCUCCCUUCGCUUUUCGCUUUGUCUCAGUCUGGCGACGGAGUUCAAUCUUUUUUGUUGUGCCUUUGUUUGUAAUCCAGGCAUUGCACAGAGGUGGGGGGGGGG